UGAGAGGGUUUUGUCUGCACCAGAGGUGGUGCUGAGCAAAUGCAGAGCAGCAUAUAAAAAAACCGCUCUGGACAAGGUGGCAGCAUGGGAUCGGUCGGGCAAGCUGCAGUUUGCUUAUGUGAUUUCCAAAGAGAAGGACAAGCUAAAAAACGUCCUAUCAUCCCGUCUUUUACUAGUCCGUUCCGCGCAGCAUCGGGGUUGCUCUCGACUUCGUUGAAUGGAUUAAUUAAGCGGGUGAAGGUGCCGCAUUUUAAUGUUCGCGAGAUUGGUGGCCUCAAGUAUGAGAUUGGCAGGAUAAAUGAGUAUGGUAUGAAGAAGGGGUUGGAUUUUGAGGUGCGUACUUAUGACAUUAAGGAAAUGUUUAUGCAAUUACCGCAUGAGGAAAUAAGCAAAGCGGUGAAGUGGGUUGUGGAUGUAUGUCAUGAGAUGGGGUUGAGGUGGAUUUGGGUGAACAAUUGGAAGAAGCAAGCAAUGUUUGGGAAAUCGCAUGGCGAAGAUGGCUGGAAGUCGGCAAGACUGAGUCGGAAUAGUACUACCAUCGGGACAUUGCUCGUAUGGGUACGGGGUGUGGGAAAGGCGGUACUGGUCAGCGUUAAGGCUGAGUUGGAUAGCGCAUUAGGAGGUAUUGAUGGCGAUUGCAUUAGGAUGAUGAUGUCAUUUGGAUUGUCUUAUGGCAUACACGUCGAGGGGGAAGCCGGUCUGGCGGAAGGAGACCGGUCUUCUAAUUCAGGCAAAGGGUCGGCUGCGAAUGCCUUCCCGGGACCUGGGAAUCGGGCGUACUUCACCAAGGAGUACAUGGAUAUAUUAGAGGAUAUUAAGUCGACGAAGGUGCUGGAUGAAGCUAAGAAGAAAAUCGCUGGUACUAACAGGAGAGGAGGGGGUCUUCAAAUAUCUGGGAAUUCUGGUGAGAGCCGUGUCCCUCACGGACAAAGCGAGGAUAGGAGUGAUGAAAUGAAGGCGUGGGUCUCCUCAACAUUGGGUGACUCUCUGAAGCUGAUCACAAGGAAGCUUCAAGAGGUUGAUGCAAAGGCGAAUGUUGCUGCUGCAGAAAAAGAGGAGUUGUUGAAGCUGCGGGCUGAGAAGGCGGCUCUAGAGUUGGUUGUUUUGAACAGAGGGAAAAAAACGAGUAGUGAGAAGCGGAAGAGGGUUAUGACCGCCCUCACUGCUCCUGUGGUGGCUACCCUGAAGACAAAUGCCACGAAGGUGCGAUCACGUGGAAGUUCAAAAUCAAGAUCUCGAAGAGUGGAAGUUUCGUCUGAUGAGGACGGUGAGGAUGAUGAUGGUGUCAAGCAGAACUUGGCGCCAAAAAUGGAAAAGAGCAGUGAUCUCUCCGAAGUUAAGACGUUGGUGACUGAACUGGUGCAAGGCCUUGCUGCUCAGAAAGGUAAGCAACGUGCCAAUACUCCUGAGCAGGCGCCUGUGCCCGAGCACGAGUGUGAAGAGACUGAGGAUCUGGACCUUGCGCAGAAGCCUCUCCAAGGCGAGGAGGAAGAAGUCGAUGAGGACGACCUUGUUGCGUAUAUGAAAAUGAGGCAUGACUUUUAUAUGUCUUUUCAUUUCUCGAGAGUCCAGGAACUUUGCAAGCAGAGGGGGGUGCAUUAUGUUUGAAAAGAUACUGGGUCCUGGAAGCUUGCACGACUUGAC